AUGGCAAAAAGAUGGGAUAAUCACCUCAGCGCUGAGAGUUUGUCAAGACAGCCAUGCAUUCUCAAACAAGCAGCAAAGUACCUGAAGAAGCCAGGCAUGAUCUCCCUCGGCGGCGGGCUCCCCUGCGCGGAGAACUUCCCCAUAGAGUCUAUCAGCAUGAAGAUCCCCGUCUCGCCCGACUUCAGCGAGGAGGCGACCCGCGUCUCGGGCGAGACAGUCACGAUAGGCAAGUAUGACGUCGAGACGAAUGACGGCGUCUACGACCUCUCAAUUGCGCUCAAUUAUGGUCAGGCCAAUGGCUCUGCGCAGAUGAUGCGCUUCGUCACCGAACACACCGAGCUCGUCUGCAACCCGCCGUAUGCGGACUGGCGGACAGCCCUGACGGUAGGCAGUACCGGCGCCCUGGAACAGGCUCUGCGCAUGUUUUGCGACAGGCAGCGUGGCGACUCCAUCCUCACAGAGGAGUACAGCUUUUCCACUGCCCUGGAGACGGCAGCUCCACUCGGAGUGAAGGUGUUUGGAGUGGCGUUGGAUGAACAGGGUCUUCGUCCAGAGAGCAUGGAUGAGAUCCUAAGCAAUUGGGAUGAGAGUGAGCGAGGAGCACGAAAACCGCAUGUGCUGUACACCGUGCCCUCGGGUCAGAACCCGACGGGCGCGACGCAGGGCGUCGAGCGAAGGAAAGCCAUUUACGAAGUCUGUCAGAAGCACGAUAUCUAUAUCCUAGAGGAUGAGCCGUACUACUUCCUGCAAAUGCAACCCUACACCGGGCGCGAUGCUCCUGAUGUGCCGCCACCUGCUUCCGUGGAGGAGUUCUUGGACGCACUCAUUCCGUCUCUUCUGAGCAUCGAUGUUGACGGAAGAGUGAUGCGGAUGGAUUCGUUUUCGAAGGUGGUCGUUCCAGGCUCCCGCUUUGGCUGGAUAACCGCAUCAGAGCAAAUCGUGGAGCGUUAUAUAAGGCAUGCCGAGGUGGCUAGCCAAGGCCCCAGCGGUAUUUCCCAAGUUAUACUUUACAAGAUGCUCGAUGAGAAGUGGGGUCACGAGGGGUACCUGCGAUGGUUGAUGAACUUGCGUCUGGAGUAUACGCAAAGGAGGAAUGUGAUGCUAGCCGCAUGUGAGGAUUUCUUGCCGGACGUCGUGAGCUGGACUCCCCCAGUUGCAGGCAUGUUUCACUGGUUGAACGUUGACUACGAGCGACAUCCUCAAGCGGGCCGUCGUAGUAUACUCGAGAUUGAAGAGGAGAUUUUCGACCUGUGUAUCGAAAAGGGGGUGCUUGUGGCCAGAGGGUCCUGGUUCAUACCGGAAGAGGGCAAGGCUCCCACCGGAUUAUUCUUCCGCGCGACCUUUGCAGCUGCAACACCCGACAAGAUGAAGGAGGCCAUCCAAAGGUUUGGCGAGGCGGUUCGAGAAAGCUACAAGAUCAACUGA